AUGAGGAAGAGAAAAAAUGGAAAAGAUGCCCAUUUCGAAUGCCGCGUUGGGAUAGCGAUUGUGGUGUGGAACAUGGUGCUGUUGAGCGUUUGCUUGGUAGCAGUAUUGUUGAAAAAUAACCAGCACGACACGAAAGGGCCUGGUGGAGAGCUGGUAGCCAAAGUGCAUUUCGUCGUGGCGCAGACAAGAUUUUCCCCGGGGUGGUGUAGAAUGUUGGUUAGCUCCCUAUUCACCAAUGUAACGGUCGUUAGUGUGGGGAACGGGGGGUGGUACGGGCAUGUUAGGAGGUGGACGUGGAUAGAGGAAUAUAUCAGGAGGGGGAAUAUGCGGGAUGAGGAUAUCGUGGUCGCGUUUGAUGGUGCCGACACAUUUUUUACAGAAGUAAAGUUCAGGGAGAGGGAAAUACAGACCUUCUUGCAGCGUUCACCACGAAAUCCAGAGGCAUACAGCGAAACGGCCAUCUUACAGGGAGUGAUGUCUUCCCCGUUGAUUUUUGCGACCGAAAGGGGGUGUUACGCUCCACAAGCGUAUAUUAUGCUGGGGGAUGAGGACAAAAAAAGUGACAAGCGCUGUGAACAUAUGUAUGAGAAGAUGAGGCAGCUGGCGAGCGAAGGAGGUGCUGGAGGGCUCGCUGGCAGUGGGGUGAAGAAAGCCUACCUCAAUGGCGGUGGCGCGAUUGCACGAGUAUGGGCGCUGAAAGAAGCCCUGAAAGUAUUCUUCAGCAUCAAAAGAGAAAGCUACAAGUGGUGGUGCGAUCAGAGUAUGUGGGUGGUGGUGUUCAUGUGGAGCAUCACGAGACCACAGCACGUAAGCCAAAAACUAUUACUACGAAGAGGCAUUAUGUCCCUUGACUAUACCUCCAGGUGGUUUGUCCGGGCCCCACUCAAGGCAAACUUCUCCUCCAUCAUUGUCCAUUCGGGACCAAACAAUUGGGAGAAGCUGGGCCUGCAAAGGUCUAUGAGGGUGUUAUCGUGGUAUCGCCAGCUUGCGACCCCGAAUGGGCGCCAGCAAGCAAAGGAAUAUUUGCGCUCUCAAAUGGUUUGGUUAUACAACCCGAAGAGAAAGAAAUUAUCAUUGAAACGCUUCGUUGAGGUGUGUCCCAUUGAUAAGGCGGUGAACCAAAAAUGGUUGUCCAGACCACUGAGGAAGUAA